AUGACAGUGACUAGACAGUUCUCUACACAGUCUAUGACAGUGACUAGACAGUUCUCUACACAGUCUAUGACAGUGACUAGACAGUUCUCUACACAGUCUAUGACAGUGACUAGACAAUUCUCUACACAGUCUAUGACAGUGACUAGACAGUUCUCUACACAGUCUAUGACAGUGACUAGACAGUUCUCUACACAGUCUAUGACAGUGACUAGACAAUUCUCUACACAGUCUAUAGGAGUGACUAGACAGUUCUCUACACAGUCUAUGACAGUGACAAGACAGUUCUCUACACAGUCUAUGGCAGUGACUAGACAGUUCUCUACACAGUCUAUGGCAGUGACUAGACAGUUCUCUACACAGUCUAUGGCAGUGACUAGACAGUUCUCUACACAGUCUAUGACAGUGACUAGACAGUUCUCUACACAGUCUAUGACAGUGACUAGACAAUUCUCUACACAGUCUAUAACAGUGACUAGACAGUUCUCUACACAGUCUAUGACAGUGACCAGACAGUUCUCUACGCAGUCUAUGACAGUGACUAGACAAUUCUCCACACAGUCUAUGACAGUGACUAGACAGUUCUCUACACAGUCUAGGACAGUGACUAGACAGUUUUUUACACAGUCUAUGACUGACUAG